UUCUACCGCUCGUUUCACUCUCACCGAGAUCGACAACUCCUGGACUUCGAUUCUUCGUGAUCUUUCAUUGUGUCAGUUAGAACUUCCUCGAGUUGAACUGUACUCGGCGUGACCCUCGAUUCUAUCAGUAUGUAACGUGCGUACUGUGCUCGUGCUACGAGGAAUCGAACGAGUGGACGGACCAACGAACGAACCAACCGCGAUCGAUCGGAGAGCGAGAGUGACAGAGUGACUUGAAGAGUGUGACGCGGAACAGGCAUCGAGAGAGGAAACAUGUACCGUGGGCAUCGCGGAACGAAGUUACACGCGUGACCACCGAGAAGAUAGCGACCCUGUCCUCGUGUAGGUAGCUCGAACACUUUAUCCGAAUGUGUGGUGUAUUCUAGCACGAUCCAACUUUAAGAGAAAACGCGUUUCGAAGAAGAAAACGCUGGUUCGCGCGCGAGUGGUUAACGCUAGUAUCACGGUGCGCGGUACGCGUACGAGUGAACUCGAGAAGAGAACAACGAGACGAUAUGCGUCGCGUGUGCGUGUAUCGCUCGCCGGAUCGCGACGAUUACUCGCGUGCUUGCUCGACGUGUGUGCGCGCCUUCGAUCGGCCUACCAGAGGCGGAAGAAACGCAAUGGCCACCGAGAAACGUUCUCACGGAGACCAGAACCGAACCAGUAGAAUUUCUUCGAUCGUAAUGGGAAAUCACCUACGCUUCGUUGCUAUGUGUUUCUGCGCGGCUACUGUGUCUUCCACAGUGCUAUACAGACACCGCUAUAUAUUUAUAAAUGCCUGUGUGUCGCCGUAUGUAUGCCUGUACGCAUGGAGGAGUUGCACGCGCGCGCGCCGACGCCGAGACCCGCUCGCCGUCCUUGGUUAGUCGGUAGGCGAAGGUUUAUUGUUCCAAGGAUAGGGGGUGACCGGCGGUGAGUGGGAAGAUGGAGGGUAGCGGUGCAGGAAUUAGCAGGCUCGACUGCUACGAAGAUAUGUUUAAGGAAAUAACCAGAAAAUUGUACGGUGAAGAUCCUGAUCAUAGAACCUCGAGCGUUCAGAACGAGUUCGAAACUUCUGUAUCGUACAAGACUGAAGAGGAUACCGGAAACGGGACUGAUAGUGAUGAUGGAAACUGGACCUGCGAAGAGGAGCCUUUGAAAGGCACCGAUGGAAGUCGUAUUGCUGCUUAUCACGCUGGAAAAGCGACAUGGAGGUGCUACGAAUGCGGCGAUUUGAUGGGAGGUGGACCACGGGAUGUAGCUGAACACUUCAUGGAACUUCAUUCGUCAAGGAUUCUUGGAGACGAUAGCAGAAACAGACAUCAUUCGCCUUCAAAGGAUUAUCUACAAUCCGAAGAAUUAAAAGUGGAAGAUGUGAUUUCCUACCUGGAAAGGCUGCGUGAACGAGUGGAACGUGUGGCACCACCAUCCAGGAGAACUCAAGAAACGCAAACAGUGCCUGCAGCACUCUUACCUGUCACCUCCACCUUUCUGUUACAAGAAUUACCAUCAGCUCCUGCACCACAGCAUUUGCAUCAGAACACCACAACGAUGUCUUCAGUGACAGUGACACCGAGCGUGAAGCGGUAUAGCUGUCCAUACUGUCCUUAUGGAACGGAUCGCCGCGAUCUGUACACACGACAUGAAAAUAUUCACCGGGAGGAAAAACCGUUUCAUUGCUAUAUCUGUUACAAACCAUUCAACCGCGCUGAUCAUGUGAAAAAGCAUUUCUUAAGAAUGCAUCGCGAGCACGGUUACGAGUUAUCAAGGAUACGCAGACCAGCUGGAUCUAGUCCACCAAAGCCUCUCCAACAAGACGCAGGAACCGCGAAUACUGGAAAUGUGAAUACGAAUGGCCAACCGCAGCAACAGCACACAAAUUACUCGUCAGGAUUUAAUAACACCAAAAAUUACCAGUUGCAGCCGAAUGCUGGUAAUAAUACAGCUACUAACGCGGGGGGAAUUUAUCAAGGAACAUCGAUGCCUGCUCCGGGUAUUAUGCAACCUGAUGCAGCGAACUGCGUCACUGGGAGAAGGGUACAGAAUGGUGGAUGUAACAGCAAGAGCCAUCUUAAAGGAAGCUCUAAAGGUGCUCAGGAACGAAGGUACACUUGUUGCUACUGUUCCUGGAGCGGCGUGGACAACUGGUGUUUGAAACGGCAUCUAAACACACAUUUGAAGCCGUUUGCUUGCACCCUUUGUGAGUAUAAAGCGGCGCGUGCCGAACGCCUAGCCACCCACGUACUCAAGGUGCACAACAGACGGCAAUGCUCAAGGUGCUCGUUCCUUGGCGAAGACGCAGCCCAAUUACAGAUGCACCAGCUGCAUGUGCAUCGAGUCAGCAGUGCUACCGCACCCGCGACCUCUACUACUCAAGCUACACCACCGCCUACUAAUCGCCAUCAACAACCUUUGCAUCCCGCAGGAGGAGGACGGCCACCACCUGGUCCACCAGUUUUUCCAGCUCCAGCUCCAGCCAUAGCACCUGCUACCACUGUGAUACCACCGACAACGAUACUCGGCCACGAGAUGGUAAACUCCCCUGCAACUGCAGCGACAAUGGCGUACCCGACCUUGGAGGAGGAGAGGCGGUCGAGCUGGCACGAGCACGGCCGCGACCACGACCAUCGUCGUCGCCAUCGUCAACACGACGCCAACCAGAUCGUCGAUCACCAUGAAACCGAGAUACUGAGACGCGACCUCGUUUCGUUUUACGCCGUAUACUCGUCGAGCGUUGAGCAACACGACGACCGUCAUGUACACGACGAACCGUGCACCGGUUGUUCCAGUCGUGACUCUACUUCUACUUUACUUAAUCGUGAUUUUGCGCACAGCUACCAUGCCGUUCCCAAAGCGAGCCAGGGACAGUCAGCCACGGAGCCGUCUGAGUUUCCUUGGCUAGGAAACAUCCAGAACAAACCGUACGAGAGGCGACCGAGGAAGCAGAGUCAGCCCAGAAAAGUGACAGGGGUCCAGGAGUUCGAUGACGAGGACACGACUUGUUCUGAGGAGGAGAACCAGGACAAGAAGCUAGAAGAAACAUCCAGUUCUGUAAAGAAGUGUCCAACCAGGGCUAUCACCUUGAUAAAUAUGAAAGCUAGGUAUAGAAAUCAACUGAGUAGAAGAAAGUUGCUCAAGUGUCAUCUAUGCCCCAAAGAUGCACCUGCAAGGGGAUCAAUUUGUUCAGCGUACCACACCAAAGUCUCUCUUAUUCUUCAUAAACUAUGGAGACACAGAAGGAACGAAAUUCUAAACAAUUGGGUAGCUAGGGAUAGUUCGUUGUCACAACUGCCCUCCAUCACGUUGAAGGCGACGGUAUUCACCAACCCUGGAUACGAAUACGACAGAUAACACUCGAUAAUAAAGGCAACAAUGACGAACGAUCGUGCAGAUGGAUCUCGAAAUGCGAAUCUAAAAAGCUGCUUUUCGAUCAGAGGAAAUAUCUUCUCCUUUUAACAAAUUAAUUUUGUAAUAAAAAUAUCUUUUUAUUAUGACAGGCGGAAAUGUUUUUGUAAGAAGUUUUGUUCAGAGGUUGUACAAAGAGGACUUUCCAGAAAGUUAUUAUUAGGAUUUAAUUUGUUCUACUGCUAUUGUACUUAAUCGUAAUAAUAGGGGAUAUUUUUAUUAAAGAUAUUUUUUAUUACAAAGUUAUCGAUCUCAUGGGAGAAAAUAUUUGACGAAAAGGGUUCCGGUGCCUUUCGACAUUCAUCGCUUUAAACUUUAGCUUCCGGAUUCAGGGUAUUUGUAUCGUAUUGGUUAAGAAAUCCGUAGCCUUCGUCUUGUUCGGAGGAUAAUAUCAGAUGCUGUGAAGCGAACGUCCGUUUCUGAGAAAUUAUUCGUGUUCCUAAUCAAGACUUCGGACCACAUCUCGUGUGAAGUUUGAGGGUAUUGAUCGAUUUGAAACGAACGGUCCAUGUUUGGUCGAUGAACUACGGCAAUAGGUGCGGAAACUUUCUCAUAGCCAACGAAACAAUUUUAGAUAGAAAAGAAUUUUGUCGAGGUUGUAGGGAUAAGACGAUAAAGGAGCCUUUCUGCUCUCGAUUAAACCUUUUCCGGACGGGACGAUGAUUCUAAGAAAUUCAAACAGCGAAACAUUUAGCACAUAAGAAGCAACUAAUCGAAAGUACCUUGAGACUCGAGUUUUUAUCCUCCUGAGCACAUUCAUCCGCAUUCCAAUUUAGAUUACCUACGACGAACGUCGCGAAGACCAUAUUUUUCAGAAAAGAUAACAGAUAAAAAAAGAUGACAAAAAAAGAAAUGCAAAUUAAAACGAUGUUAAUGUUGGAUGAUCGUCCCUAAUCGAUGUCUUGUGCGUAUGUCCAUCGUCCGUCUCUGUAAUUACGUAAUUAUUUUCGUUUACUGGUCAGUCGAUUUUGCUAGCCUAAAAUGUAUUUGCGGUGGGGCUGUGUCUAGUCAAAAAAAAGAAAAAGAAGAAGAAAAAGAAAAAAAAGGAAAAAAAAUAGAAAAAUAGAAAAAAAAGACGAAGGAAAGAAAUGAUUGAGACACGCGAGUCACGAAAUUUGUGCCUAGCCGUCAGACAAGCACCAUAUUUAUAUAAGGGAUAUUUGUACAAAAAAACAUCUUGUUUACGUUAUUAUAUGAAAUAUAUUAUGGUUAUUGUACUUAAGCAGGGGACGUGAGAAGCCCAGGCAACUGUAGACUCUCAGAGAACAUCCAUCCCAUCUGUUAUUUCUUUGAGAUUCUGCGAUUUCUGGCUUUUCAUUUUACACUCCCUUCCAUUUAAGCAUACGAGCACAAAUGGAAAAGCAUUAAAUUGUAUUUCUUUUAUAGUGAUCGCAAACCGUGUCUUUCAAAUCAUUAACUUUAACGUUCUAAUUUUCUUGCAAUCUUUAUGUAUUAUUAUUAUUCAUUUUUCUAAUUGGUAGCAGAAGUCGUAAUCUUUUAUUAUUGCAAAGAUAAUUUUCAAACUUUUUGUUCCGUACUAAACUAAUUGCUGCAAUACGUUAAUUCAAGUACUAUAAAAUUCGAGAGAUGUUCUGAGAAAAAUUAUUUCAAUUAAAAAGAUUAUAAUCGUAUGUGAAGUGAAAUAAAAUAUGUUGAAGUCA